UGCAACACCAAUACCGGAUGUGACGCAAACACGCAUCAUCAAUUACGUCACAUUUUUCAAGAUGGCAGCGCUGGCGUCCUUGACGCUGAAGUGCAGAGCAGGUCUACUGGGGCCCGCUCAGUCGUCUCUUCUGGACUCUGUGAGGUUCGCCUCGAAGAAGGCCGGAGGGAGCAGCAAGAACCUCGGAGGAAAGAGCCCCGGACGGAGAUACGGCUUCAAGAAACAGGACGGUAACUUUGUCCAUGCGGGUAACAUCCUCGCCACGCAGAGGCAGAUGAGGUAUCACCCAGGAGCUCAUGUGGGGAUGGGAACCAACAACACGAUCUUCGCACUGGAGGAUGGCUACGUCAGGUUCACCAAGGAGGUCUACGUCCCAGCGCCACGAACCCCCGAGGCCACAAAGGUCAUCACCAAGCUGCCAAAAGGAGCCGUGCUCUACAAGACCUUCAUCAACGUCCUGCCAGUCAAACAGGAGGGCAAGUUUAAGCUGGUGGACAUGGUCUAAAGAUGACUGGAAUGCACUGGACUGGACUGGGAGGUCAUUGUUGUUUCCAAGAUAUUGUUGAGGAUCAAGAAGGAUUUGUUCUGACCAAUGGAAGUGAGACUGUGAGCCAGAGAGGAGUCAGUAACUGGUCACACAUGAACAGUUAGAAGUGUGUAACUAUGCAUCUGUGUCAUUCAUUACAGUUAUUGUCAUGUUCAGACACACUUACCACCUUCACAAACUGAGGUACCAUUUCCAUAAUACUGAAUCUCUGCUGUAUUUACUGUAUUAAAGUUUUCUAUGAAAAGUC